AUGGGAUUAGAGAGCAUUAUAUCACCACUAUUACAGACUUCAAGGUCCAAAAGAAAGGCUAUCGUAUUCAGUAUCCUUUUGUUAUGGAUUGUAAUUAUCAAUUUAUGGAUACAUAAUUAUAGACACCAACAUGCAUUUAAGACGGUUACAGGGUCUAUUUACGAUACAGUGAAUAAUUUGUCAUUCAAUAAUAACUUAGAUGCCGACAAUAAAGAAAAUAUCUUGGAUGAUGAAACCAUUAAAUACUUCAUGAAAGCCAACGAUAUUAAAGAUGUGAGAUCUAUCGAUGCGCAUUCAACCACUUACGAUUUAAUGUUGCGAAACCAUGGUCUCAACAGCAUAUUGAAGGACUUGCCAUUCAACGAGAGAUGUGACUUAUACUUCAAGAACUUAUUUACCACCGACAUGAAUUGGUAUGUAGAUCCAAAUAAGAAUUUUCAGUUGGAAAACAGAUAUGAAUACAGCUACGACCUGUUUAGGAAUAACAAACUUAACGAGGUGAAAGAAGCAUAUGCUAAAGAGAAUGGCAUUGACGCUAAAUUAGUUGAGGACAGUGCUGUAGAACAUCGUGUUAAGUUGAGGUAUGACACUUUCUGGAAAAAGACCAUGCAAACAGAACAGAUGAUGACCGACUAUAUUUCGCAUGUUAGAAUAUUCAACAAAUGUUACUUAACAUCUGAUAAUCAAAACGAAGCUUCACAAACAAAGAAAUUGGCAGCUGGCCAAAGUAAGAUGAUUAAGUCUUUGAGCGAAAAAGAUUUGAUCAAAGAUGGAAAGAGAAAAUUUAAACCUACGGCGAAAGAAUCGUUAUUAAACACUGAUAGUUUUGAAUCGUGCACAGAUUUGGAAUCCAGAAUAUACAAAUGGCUUUCAUUUUCAUUCCCCAUUUAUGAAAGAUUCACAGGUGAAAUUGUUUUAACCCCACCUGAUUUAAGCAAAUAUGUUUAUCAUCCCGAAGUUUUUAAACCUACUAAUCAAAAAGUUCAUGAUGCUCGUGGUAAAGCAGGAAAAAUCAACUCUAAGUUGACAAACAGCAAAGCAUGCUUUUUGCAGAGAUUUAAGAACAAAAUGAACGGAAAAGGUAUCGUGUUAUCUAUAGGAGAUAAGCAUGUCAAUGAUACUGUUAAAUUAAUUCAUUUAUUGAGGGCAUUGAAUAACAAGUUUCCAAUCGAAAUUGUGUACAAUGGUGGUAUCUCUGAGGCAUCUAAGAGUCGUAUUGUCACUGCUGCUAGACAAAGAUUCAUUGAUUUACCUAGUUCAUUUAAAAAAAUCGCUCAUCAUUUACCAGACGAUUACUUUGAUGAUUCCGAUCAUGGGUUACCAAAGCAAGAAGUUUGGUUCGUUAACGUUCAAAACGUUAUCCAUGAUAAUUACAAAGAAAAGUUUGAUAAAUUUGCCAAUAAAUUCUUAGCAGCUUUGUUCAAUUCAUUUGAAGAGUAUAUACUACUCGAUGCUGAUACCGUAUUGCUUCAGACUCCAGAAUAUUUCUUCAACCUCAUGGGUUAUAAGAAGAGAGGAGCUUAUUUUUAUAAAGAUAGGACAGCUCCCGAAUUCAGGCCACUGGGUGAUACUAAAUUCUUUGAGAAGAUGACUCCAUCAAUUAUUGAUCACGCAAUGUUUAAUAUUCCUAUUGUUACCAGUCACACGUUAGACUUGAGUUUCUUUGAUGGUAUGGGACACUUCAUGGAAAGUGGGUUGGUCGUCAUCGAUAGAAACUUACAUUUCAACUCCAUUUUAAUGAUGAUGCAAUUGAACUUCAUGAAUCCAGUCACUUCAAGAGUUUAUGGUGACAAGGAAAUAUUUUGGUUAGCAUUUGCUAUUAAUGGGGACGAAGGUUUCGAAUUUAAUAGAUACCAUGCCGCCGCCAUUGGUGUAGAGACUCCUAUGGAAGAUAGAGUCGGCUUGGAAGGUAAACCAUUGAAAUCAAAAGAAAUAUGCUCUGCUCACCCUGGUCAUAUCAACGGAGAAGACGGUAAGACCUUAUUAUGGUUCAAUUCUGGUUUCCAAUUCUGUGGUCAAGCACCCGACGUAGAUUAUGAAAAAGAAUUCAACUUCCAUACUCGUGUUAAAUUCUUGAAAACUAUAGAGGAAAUGAAGAUUUUCUUCCAGAAUCCAAUCAUUCUUAAACACGCUAUUGUUCCUCCCUUCAAAAACAAAUUAGAAACAUUAUGUGAAAAUACAGAUGGAGAGCCAAAGGAAGCUUGGUUCAUGGAUAAAGGGUACUGCAAUUCCUAUUUAUGGUGUAGUUAUUCCCUUAUUGGUGGUCGUACUGGGGACGGUGGUGACAAUACGCAGAUUGGUAAAUUUAUCGAAUUUGAUCAAAAGUCGAUAGAUUUGUUUUCAUACUAUGGUGAUAUUUGGGUUGGCAAUGAAUAG